AUGAGUGGUAUCAUCCGGGUCCUUGCAUUUACGGCAGCCGCCUCUGGUGCCGCCAUCUCCUCGUUGAACCGUCAUCCGUUGACCGAUACCACGCACGAUGGUGUACCUGAGACAGAUCGCUCGCUGUUCAACUCCUCUGGCGCAUUCCACCGUAUCAUCCAUCCCCGUGCUAACACUGGUGCUACAGAUCCUGAUCCAGUCCAGCAGCUUCUCCAUAUUGCACCCACAUCGAACACCUGCGCCGGAGCACCAUUCCCCAACGAAUGUGUUACUUCGUCACCCUUUGUUGUUCAAGCAAUAAUCAACAGCUUCGCGAAGUACCAAAUUUCGACUGCGGAAGAACAAGCCGCGCUACUGUCUUGGAUGGCCUACGAGUCCGCUGACUUCAAGUAUAAUCACAACCACUUCCCUAGUCCCGGAAACCCGGGCCAAGGCACACGAUGCAUGAUGUCCCCAACCUUUGUACAUGAUUACGCGCAGUCCAUCCCGGAGUUGAGAGCAAACGUCGGCGCGGGAGCCACUCCAGCUGAUCUGGAUGCGACGCUCGCUCUGGUGCAGCCCGAUGCGUACUCAUUCGCGGCUGCGGCGUGGUAUUACAACGAGCACUGUACUGACGCGCAGAAGAGGCAGGUUCAAGCUGGAGGCCAGACCAACUGGGCGUCUGCCUUUAUUGCUGGGUGUGUCAACACUGCUAUUGACGACGCGAGAAUUGCUUAUUGGAAACGGGCUUGUGAGGUUCUCGGCGUGAAAGUCUCCCAGUAA